UAUCAGUAUGCUGCUGUUGGAGUUUGUGAAUUUCCCCUUGGGAUUAAUAAACUAUCUAUCUAUCUAUCUAGGUUGGUUUUGAAACCUGCCAUGUCCUGUAGCAUCUCCAGUUUCUGGUUUUCUUUAUUUUAGUGCUGGAAUCCCUGCAAUGACAUUUUGGAUCCCGGCUGCUAUGCCACACACCCUGGAAGUCCCAUCACAUGACACUCAUUGACUACUACCAUGAAGAUCGGUAAAUUUGCUUUAGACGUCAAUGUAAAAUCAGGGUACUAUUCUAAUAUGCAAAUUAAAUGCAUUUGUUAUUGGACAAAACUCACUGCAAAAAUGCAUUUUCUUUUAAAAAAAAAAAUCUAUUUGAGUUUCUUGCAGUUGACGCAUCAGACAGACGGCAGCUGCACGAUAACUCGGCAGGGUCAAACGGGUUCGAUCUUCAAGUCGUGGCAAUCAAAUGUUGCAACUUCCAUUUGAACUUCGAAGUGAUGCCCACUAUCCUUUAUUUACAUGAGUGAUCUGUGAAUAUACUCGCAUUUGGCACUACAUCCCAGAAGAUGGUUUACGAGACAACGGGCGUCCAUCUGUCCAUCUCCUACCAUAAGAUUGUGCAAACGCCAUGUCAUCUGUUAGGAUCAGAGCGAAAAAGAAACAAGUGGCAUUGGAGCAACCCCUAGAAAACCAACCAUUAAGAUCUUCAGGAAGACAGGCAAAAAGGAAAGCCAACGAAACAGAAGAAGAGGAUGACACUUCAGAGAAAAAGUAUAGAAAGUGUGAGAAGGCCGGGUGCACAGCCACGUACCCAGUUUGCUUUGCUAGUGCUUCAGAAAGGUGUGCAAAGAAUGGCUACACAUCACGAUGGUAUCAUUUAUCAUGUGGAGAGCACUUCUGCAAUGAGUGUUUCGAUCAUUAUUACAGAAGUCACAAAGAUGGGUAUGAGAAGUAUACCAGCUGGAAGAGAAUCUGGACAGGAAAUGGGAAAAGUGAACCGAGCCUGAAAGCUUUUAUGGCCGACCAGCAGCUUCCUUAUUGGGUACGGUGUAUAAAGCCAGAUUGUGGAAAGUGGCGACAGCUAACAAAAGAAAUUAACCUUACCUCCACAUUAGCAAUGACUUAUCGCUGUGGAAUGAAGCUCAAUAACAUAAAAACAGAAGGCCCAGAUCAGUGUUGUCAGCCAGAAGACAUGAGAGUGGCUGAAGUUAUCGACAGCUGGUGGCAUUCAAUGCUCAUCUUGCCUCCCCUGCUUAAGGACAGUCCUGCUGACCCUUUCUUGUCUGCUUACUAUCCAGAUUGUGUGGGUAUGAGCCCCUCGGGCUCCCCCUGCAGUCACGCCAUCCAUGAUAUGCAGAAGUCUGAACAUCUCAAGAUAAUCCAUCCUCAAAUCACAGGAUUAAGCCAGUAUUUCCAGCCCUUCUAUCAACCCAAUGAGUGUGGUAAAGCUCUUUGUGUGAGACCAGAUGUGAUGGAACUGGACGAGCUUUAUGAAUUCCCCGAAUAUUCUCGGGACCCAACAAUGUACCUCGCCUUAAGGAAUCUUAUCUUGGCCUCUUGGUAUAGGAAUUGUAAAGAAGUCCUGACUCCAGAGAAAUGCGCACCUCACAUUAUUGUUCGUGGUUUGGUUAGGGUUCGCUGUGUUCAGGAGAUGGAGCGAAUUCUUCACUUCAUGACAAGAAAGGGCCUCGUAAAUACUGGAAUCUUGUCUGUUAGGCACCCUCUUCUACCAAAAGAAUACACCAAAAAAUCGGUGAUUGUUAUUGGUGCAGGCACAUCAGGCUUGGCCGCUGCUCGUCAGCUCAAAAACUUUGGAGUGCAGGUGACAGUUUUGGAGGCCAGAGAUCGCAUCGGUGGACGGGUAUGGGAUGACACCUCACUUGGAGUUAUGGUGGGACGAGGAGCCCAGAUAGUUAACGGCUGUAUUAACAACCCCAUAGCAUUGAUGUGUGAGCAGAUUGGUAUUAAAAUGCAUAAACUUAAAGAAAGAUGUGACCUUAUUCAAGAAGGAGGACGAGUGACGGAUCCUACGAUAGACAAACGGAUGGAUUUUCACUUUAAUGCCAUCCUGGAUGUUGUAUCUGAAUGGAGGAAAGACAAAAGCCAGAAUCAAGAUGUUCCUUUGGGAGAAAAAAUCCAGCAGAUCUAUAAAACCUUUGUACACGAGUCUGGGAUUCAGUUCAGUGAUAUAGAAGAGAAGGUUUUACAGUUUCAUCUCAGCAAUUUGGAGUUUGCCUGUGGCAGCACCCUAGAACAGGUUUCUGCACGCUCCUGGGACCACAAUGAAUUUUUUGCCCAGUUUACAGGAGACCACACACUUUUAACGGCUGGUUAUUCUUCUUUAAUAAAUAAACUGGGAGAUGGACUAGACAUCCGUCUUAAAACCUCGGUUGAAGCCAUUGAUUAUACCGGAGGUGACAUCACAGUGAUUGCGAGCAAUGGCGCCCGCUGGAUUGCACAAAAGGUUUUGAUAACAAUCCCUUUGGCGUUACUUCAGAAGAAUAUCAUUCGUUUCAAUCCACCAUUGCCAGAGAGGAAACUAAAGGCCAUGCACAGUCUGGGCGCCGGAGUCAUUGAGAAGAUUGCCAUGCAGUUUCCAUACAAAUUCUGGAGCAGCAAGAUUGAGGGGGCCGAUUUCUUUGGACACAUCCCACCCGUCCCUGACAAGAGAGGCCUCUUUGGUGUAUUCUAUGACAUGGAUCCAACUGGUAAACAGAGCGUCCUAAUGUCCGUCAUCACUGGCGAUGCAGUUUCAAUCAUCAAAGAUCUGGAAGACAAAAAAAUUGUGGCUAUGUGUAUGGGCAUACUGAGGGGACUUUUUAAAGAACAGGAGGUCCCGGAGCCUAUCAGAUAUUUUGUUACCCGAUGGCAUAAAGAAAAAUGGUCUCAAAUGGCUUACAGCUUUGUAAAGAUUGGAGGCAGCGGAGAAGCUUAUGACAUAAUGGCUGAGGAGGUGCAAGGCAAAUUGUUUUUCGCUGGAGAGGCUACCAAUCGCCAUUUCCCUCAGACUGUGGCCGGCGCCUAUCUAAGUGGUGUCAGAGAAGCGAGCAAAAUCGCAGCUUUGUAAAGGUGCAGCUCAGCCUCAGCUUCUCUACACCACAGGAAGAACAAAGACUGAAAACGUGGUGCCAAGUCAGUGAGGGGCACCACCCUCAGGCCCAGGGCAAGUCUUUAGAGGUGGUCCUGUGAUGCCCACCUACCUCAUGUAUUUAUAGAUUCAGCCGAAGAGCAAAUGAUCUGAUGUAUACAGUCAUCUUUUUUUUUUUGGUGAAGAUUUCUCAUUUUAUAAACGUUCAUUUUGUUUUAACUCUAGAAACAAUUGCAUGGGGGUGAAAUGUAUGUGUCUUUCAAUUUGUAUGUUAGCCAAACUAUUUAUUAUGCUUAAACCUUCUGCUUGCAAAUGAAACAUCUAGUGUAGAGAGUGGGGACUUGGAUCCAUGGUUGCAGUUUCCUUUUUUUAUUUGUGUUUACUGAACGAUUGCCCGUCUUUUCUGUUGCUGCACGUUCUGUAAAGUGUGAGUGCAGUCCGCUUCUAAAUGGAGUUGCUUGGUCCGUCACCCACCCCAGUGCCAUGGUUCUAGAGUAGCCUGUUAACUAUCUUGUACAGAAAUCAUUUGUAAAUAAGCAUGAUGAGCCCAAGAGGAAUCAUUGUAAAUCUCUGAAAAGAAAAAAAAAAAAAUUAAAUUGUUAAAAUAUUCCAGUGUGUGUAUUCUUUAAACAAACAUUUAUAAAAAUAAAGUAAAAAAAAAAAUAAAAACAUCCAGUAAGAGUGGAACACCACGACUCCAGGAUAACCCAGCCACCAGAAAAUGAGGAAGAUCACGAGCAGCAGGGUGAGAAAGAGCAUCAAAGCAGGAUUUAACCUCCCCGAGCCUUCAGCUCUGUGUAAGUACAGUUGAAGUCGAGCGUCUCUGCGGGUCGGCUGUUUGAUCCGAUGUACUCUUAAGUCUGGCUGCCACCCAGUGCAUGAACAUAUGCUGCAAAAAAUAUUUCUAUGUGGUAUUAACAGGAGGGUUUUGAGCCUUCAACCAAAAGACAGAAUGUCGUGUAAACAAAAAAAGAAAAAGCCAAUUUUAGAACAAGAAAACCAGACCCAUUAACUGAAUCAAGUGAUAAGCCGUUACCUGUGUAGAACUGGACCGCUGGCGUAUGCCAAUCCACAUUCACAGAGCACAGCUGUCUAAUUCUGAAACGGGAGUUUAACUGAGCUAUGGCAGUUAAGAGAGUUGAUUAAGAACCUGAUGGUCAUUCUGGCGGAGCUCCUGUGCAGAGAUGGGAGAAACUUCCAGAAGGCCAACAUCCAGUGCAAUACUCCAUUGAUCUGGGCUUUUUAUGACAGAGUGGCCAGCGAGAUGCCGGUCUGCAGUAGAAGCCACAUCAAAGUGACAAAUGUUUGCAAAAAGGCACCUAAAGAACCCUCAGCCUGUGAGAAAGAAAAUUCUCUGGUCUGAUGAAACCAACCUAGUAAAACAAAACAGUUCAAAGUGUCGUGUUUGAAGGAAACCACUUGCAAUGCCAUCCCAAUACUGAAACAUGGCUGUGGCAUGGUGAGGGACUGGGAGACCAGUCAGUGAAGGAAAGCCAAACUCGGCCAAGGACGGAGCAGGCCUUAAUGAAAACCUGCUCAGAGGGCUCUGGACCACAGACUGGGCUGAAGAGUCACAAAGCAAAGACAACCCAAGAGUGGUUUAGGGUCAACUCUGUGAAUGUCCUCGAGUGUGCACAUCACUGGAGGGACCUGAAAAUAGCUGGCCAUGGACCAUCUUUAUCCAACUUGAUAGAACUCAAGGAUCUGCAGCAAAGUCUGGUCUGUGACACAUCAGACCCAAGGAGACUCCAGGCCAGAA